CUGUCUGAGGGGGAAUAAAAAAAAAAAAAAAAAGAAAGCGGCGUCUGUAACCUCAGCAUCCACUGGGAGAAGAGGCGGCAGCAGAGCAGACAGAGGCGCCCUCUUCCAGGAACUGCUCAGUGACGGCUCGUCGUCUACCGUCACACACUCUUUGCUGCUGCUUCUGCACUGACUGCAUGGGGACAGUCCCCGCCGCCGUCCCGCGUCUGCUGCCCGAGCUCUUCAUGCCUGCUGCAGUCAGGGUCCACAUUGGGAAGAGAGACCUGUAAGCAGCCGCAUCCCGCCGCUCAGCCUGCACCAUGGGCAGCAAAGGACAUUACAGAUAUCACUGGCAAAGCCACAAUGUUAAGCACAGUGGGGUGGAUGAUAUGGUCCUGUUGUCCAAAAUUUCUGAAGAUUCUAUAGUGGAAAACCUGAAGAAGCGCUAUAUGGAUGAUUUCAUCUUUACAUACAUUGGACCAGUCUUGAUCUCUGUAAAUCCAUUUAAACAAAUGCCUUACUUUGGAGAAAAGGAGAUUGAAAUGUACCAAGGAGCUGCUCAGUAUGAAAAUCCACCACAUAUCUAUGCAUUAGCUGACAACAUGUACAGAAACAUGAUCAUUGACAGGGAAAACCAGUGUGUCAUUAUAAGUGGAGAAAGUGGUGCAGGAAAAACAGUGGCUGCAAAAUAUAUCAUGGGCUACAUUUCUAAAAUAUCAGGGGGAGGCCCAAAAGUUCAGCACGUAAAAGAUAUCAUUCUGCAAUCAAAUCCUUUAUUAGAGGCAUUUGGCAAUGCAAAGACCGUGAGGAACAACAACUCCAGCAGAUUUGGAAAGUACUUUGAAAUUCAGUUCAGUCCUGGAGGAGAACCAGAUGGAGGCAAAAUAUCCAACUUUUUGCUGGAAAAAUCUCGAGUGGUGAUGAGAAAUCCAGGAGAAAGAAGUUUUCAUAUUUUUUAUCAGUUAAUAGAAGGAGCCUCUAAAGAACAAAGGAAUGACCUUGGGAUUACAAACCUAGAUUAUUAUUACUACCUUAGCCAGUCUGGAUCUUACAAAGUGGAUGACAUCAAUGAUAAGAGGGACUUUCAAGAAACCAUGCAUGCCAUGAGCGUUAUUGGUAUUUUUGCCGAAGAGCAAGCUAUGGUGCUUCACAUAGUAGCAGGAAUUCUCCACCUGGGUAAUAUUAGCUUCAAAGAAAAAGGAAACUAUGCUGCAGUGGAGAGUGAAGAGUUUCUAGCAUUCCCUACAUUUCUUCUUGGAAUAAAUGAAAGUCGUUUGAAAGAGAAGUUGACAAGCAGGCAGAUGGAUAGCAAGUGGGGCGGCAAGUCAGAGUCUAUCAAUGUGACACUGAAUGUGGAGCAGGCCUGCUAUACCAGGGACGCUUUAGCCAAAGCACUUCAUUCUCGUCUGUUUGAUUACCUGGUGGAUUCAAUUAAUAAAGCUAUGCAGAAGGAUCACGAAGAAUAUAAUAUCGGUGUUCUAGAUAUUUACGGCUUUGAGAUUUUCCAGAAAAAUGGUUUUGAGCAGUUCUGCAUCAAUUUUGUCAAUGAAAAGUUACAGCAAAUAUUUAUCGAGCUGACUCUCAAAGCAGAACAGGAAGAAUAUGUCCAGGAAGGAAUCCGAUGGACCGCCAUAGAGUAUUUUAACAAUAAAAUAGUAUGUGACCUCAUUGAGAAUAAAGUGAAUCCACCUGGCAUUAUGAGCAUUUUGGAUGAUGUAUGUGCCACAAUGCAUGCUGUGGGAGAAGGGGCAGAUCAGACUCUUUUACAGAAGCUCCAGAUGGCGGUGGGAACACAUGAACAUUUUAACAGCUGGAACCAGGGUUUUAUUAUUCAUCAUUAUGCUGGAAAGGUGUCUUAUGAUAUGGAUGGAUUCUGUGAGCGGAAUCGGGAUGUACUUUUUACUGAUCUCAUUGAGCUUAUGCAAAGUAGCAAAUUACCUUUCAUAAAAGCUUUAUUUACAGAAAACCUUCAAGCAGAAAAGAAGGGUCGUCCUACUACAGCCAGCAGUAAAAUUAAGAAACAAGCAAAUGACUUGGUCAACACCUUGAUGAAAUGUACUCCACACUAUAUCCGCUGCAUCAAACCUAAUGAAACCAAGAAACCCCGGGACUGGGAGGAGAGCAGGGUGAAACAUCAAGUAGAAUAUUUGGGUCUCAAGGAAAACAUCCGCGUGCGCAGAGCAGGAUAUGCCUACAGGAGGGUGUUCAAGAAAUUCCUGCAAAGAUAUGCUAUUCUCACCAAAGAAACCUGGCCUUCCUGGAGAGGAGAUGAGAAGAAAGGUGUCCUCCACCUACUGCAUUCUGUUAAUGUGGACUCUGAUCAGUUCCAGCUUGGAAAAUCCAAAGUCUUUAUCAAAGCUCCAGAGUCGCUAUUUCUCCUGGAGGAGAUGCGUGAGAGGAAGUAUGAUGGCUACGCUCGAACAAUUCAGAAAGCCUGGAGGAAGUAUGUUGCCAGGAAGAAGUAUGUUGAGAUGCGAGAACAAGCCUCAGAUCUUUUUCUUAACAAAAAAGAGAGAAGACGGAAUAGUAUCAACAGAAAUUUUAUUGGUGACUACAUUGGUAUGGAAGACCAUCCUGAGCUCCGGCAAUUUUUAGCAAAACGGGAAAAAGUGGAUUUUGCCGACACUGUUACUAAAUAUGACCGAAGAUCUAAAACAAUCAAAAGAGACCUUAUCCUCACACCAAGAUCUGUGUACCUCAUUGGGAGAGAGAAAGUUAAACAGGGCCCAGAAAAGGGAGUGGUAAAGGAGGUUGUUAAAAGGAAGAUUGACGUGGAGCGUAUUCUUUCUGUCUCUUUAAGUACAUUACAAGAUGACUUUUUCAUUCUUCAUGAGCAAGAAUAUGACACUUUGCUGGAAUCCAUCUUUAAGACAGAAUUUAUUAGCCUGCUGGCCAAGCACUAUGAGGAAAAGACCCAAAGAAAACUACCUCUGAAAUUUAGUAAUACACUUGAGAUGAAAUUGAAAAAAGAAACUUGGGGUCCUUGGAGUAGUGGAAGUGGCUCCCGACAAGUGCAAUUUAUUCAAGGAUUUGGUGAUUUGGCCAUACUGAAACACAGCAAUAAGGUGCUACAGGUCAGCAUAGGGCAAGGCCUGCCAAAGAACUCCCGGCCAACGCGAAGAAACCUUGUUGACGGGAGAGGUAACAUGAACAAAGCCAAAUCCUACCCGAGCAGGGCUGCCCCCCCACCACCAGGGUCCCACCAGAAUGGAUUGAUACAUAAUAACCAAUACGGGCAGCAGCAGAGGUCCGGAAGGCAAUUCAACAACUCUAGAACAUCACAACAGUCUAUGGAUCACCCAUCUUUACCAAGGCACGUAGCUGGCGCAGCAGCAGUCAGAAAUCCACUGCAGCCCCAGAGUUUGGACUUCCUUCGUGUGCCAGACCAAGGUGUUGCUGGUGCGCGUCGACAGACAACAAGCCGCCCCCCUCCUGGUGGAGGAAGGCCAAAACCUCAGCCUAAACCAAAACCGCAAGUGCCGCAGUGCAAGGCCCUGUAUGCAUAUGAUGCACAGGAUACAGACGAGCUUAGUUUUAAUGCCAAUGACAUCAUUGAGAUUAUCAAAGAAGACCACUCAGGUUGGUGGACCGGAAGACUACGGGGGAAGCAAGGACUUUUUCCUAAUAAUUAUGUUACCAAGAUUUAAGAUGGACUGCAGACAAAAGACUCGCGUCUGUAACCCUUCCAGUAAUUGUCAAAUAGGGAAGAAGUGCCUCACCUUGUAGCACAUCGCCUCAGAAGCCCAAACCAAAUUGCAACACUGUGAGAGCUAAACGCUACAAAAUAUGGACACCAAAGACCUGAACUGGAAGAUAUUUAUUACACUUUAUCCGAUCUGAGACACUUUUUUUUUUGCUGCCUGGUGGCCCGUGAUGCAUUGCUGAGCAGUGUGUUACAAGCCUCCCUAGUGGCACGAGGGUUAUAGAGUGAAUGGAGUUCUGCUAGCGUUUUCUACCUAAUGAUGUGUGUGAUAGGAAGUGCCUCUAGUUUACUGAUGUUAAAUUAUACAAAGAUGAAUCGUAUGCACAGUUCCUCUCUCGUGUGCAUCUGGAUGAAGGAAAUGUUUCUUAUGCUGCUAAUGCAUCACUAACCAGUGGAGGAAAGUGUAAUUGAAGUUGGAUACAGUGAGAAUGUGUGUGCUGAUUAUUGAUAACUGAAUAGCUCCGUGAGGCACUGUAUAUUGAAGAUGAUGUGUUUUCGCUGCACAGUUCCAUAGUCUUAUAAUGAAAUAUGGCUGGCCCAUGUUAAUAUCUUGGUAUUGAAUGCUGUUACCUGUUACAGGAAGCAUCUCAUUCUUUUAAGCUGUAAAUUUAUAUAGCAAAUCAUAUAUACUGUAAAUAUAUAUAUAUAUAUAAUAAUGUUAUUACAUGUAUGGAUGUAUAACAUAGGACUCUUAUGGCAGAUUUUAGGGCUAAUAUAUCAGGUACUUAUGAAACAUGCACUUAUGUUUUUUUUUAAUGCUUUCUAGCCUGUGCUAUUGCUUAUACGAUGGAAGCUGUCGCAAAUUUCCUGAAUACCAAUUAACAGAAGCCAGCCCAAUCAAGGCAGAAUUGCAUCAUGUAAUAGGCUAGUUAAUAAAUAUCGUUCUCUUUUUAUCCA